UUCCUUUUCACUGUUUUCCGCCAUUUUGGCAGUGAAUUUUCAUUGUUUCUGUGUUUCGUGACAUUCUUUAGAAUUAUAUUCUAUAUAAAAUAGAGAAAUAAAAACUGGAUUAUAUUUUAUUUAUAAAAAAAAAAAAAGGUGACAAAUCGAGAAAUCUGCAAUAAAUUCUAUACAUAAAGAUGUCAAAUAACAGUGGAGAUCAAGAUGAUGAGGGUUAUGUCGUGAAGGUAAGGGGUUUACCAUGGUCGACAACUGUCGAUGAAAUUAUGAAAUUUUUCGGCGACUGCAGUAUUUCACAUGGAAAAGCUGGUAUUCAUAUGACAAUGUCUCGAGAAGGACGACCCAGUGGUGAAGCAUACAUUGAAAUGGACUCCGAGGAAGAUAUUGAAAAAGCGUGCAAAAGAGAUAGAGAUCAUAUGGGACAUCGUUAUAUUGAAGUAUUCAAAGCAAAACGAGGAGAAAUGGAUUGGGUGGUGAAACGAAGCGGUUUGAAUUUGGAAAAUGUUAUGGACGACGGAUGUGUUAGGCUACGAGGUCUACCAUUUGGUUGUUCUAAAGAAGAGAUCGCUCAAUUUUUCUCAGGGUUGGAGAUAUUGCCGAACGGGAUUUCGCUACCAACAGACUUCACGGGCCGCAGUACUGGGGAGGCUUACGUUCAAUUUAUUAACAAAGAUGUUGCGGAGCGCGCUCUGCAGAAACACAAGGAAAAGAUAGGACACAGAUAUAUCGAAAUCUUCCGAAGCAGUUUAUCUGAGGUACGCGCUAGUAUUGGUCCAAAAAUGCGAGGUGGUCCAAUGAAUGGAAUGAGUCGACCAGCACCUUACGAUCAACGCGACAGAUUCGGUGGAAUGAAUCGAUUUAACAAUAAUGGACGAAAUGCACGAAACAGAGAUUUUGAUGGAGGUUUGUGGGGAGGUGGUGGCGGUGGAGGAGGAGGCGGCGGCGGUGGUGGUAAUAAUUUUUCAUCACGCGGAAGUGGAAUGGGAAUGAGAGGCGGUGGAAUGGAUAUGAAAGGCGGUGGUAAUUUCCGAGGAAACUGCGGUGACAAUUGGAAUGGAGGCGGAAAUUCCCGUAUGCAUUGCGUUCAUAUGAGAGGACUUCCCUUCAGAGCUACGGAACAAGAUAUCGCUGAUUUCUUCCGGCCUCUAGUGCCAAUAAAUAUCAGAAUUAUUUUGGAGAACAGUGGUCGUGCUUCAGGAGAGGCUGACGUUGAAUUUGGAUCUCAUGAGGAAGCUGCUAAAGCAAUGUCAAAGGAUAAGAGUCACAUGUCUCAUAGGUACAUUGAACUGUUUUUGAACUCUUCUAAUGGACCAAGCGGAGGUGGUGGCGGUGGUGGAGGCGGCGGUGGAAUGUCCCUUGGAGGCAUCAGCAAUUUCUGUGGUUCUGGUCUCGGCAACAAUUUCAGAGGAUAUUCGCCAAAUAAUCGUGGCUAUGGAAACAGCCAAUUGGGAGGAAGCAACUAUAACAGUUUUUAAAGGGGGAGAAAAAAAAUGCCCUCGAUGACUAAAAAAGAAAAAAUUCAUUGAAAACAAAUGUCCGCGAUUGAAUUUAUAAGUCAUGCAAUACCCUUUACAAAAAAAAAGGAAUGAUUUUACGCAUAGAAGCUAAAUUUAAGGCAAAACAGUAAUUACUAGAAUUUUUGUUAGAAAGAAAGAGAGAAAGAGAGAAUGUCGUACACUUGUACGUGUGAAAAAUUGCAUAUUAAUAAUAAUAAUUUAUCGAUUAUGAAAUGAUCAAAAGUACCGUAUAAGUACUUUAAUAUUCUGUUAAUGAUUUAAAUAACUCGUAGUUUUAAUCUUAUUGAAAUUAUUUGUCUAAUAAUUUGUAAACUACAAGUCAAAUUGCGUUAGACUCGAAGGAUUUUUAAGAUAAAAUUACAUAAUUACCAUUUUUUACAUAUAUAUAUAUAAACAUAUUAUAUAUUUAAGUUACACGCUUUUUAUAUCAAUUAAUUGUUUUAAAUACUUUCAUCCGACUAAAAAAAAAAAAAAAAAGAAGGAAAUAUUUGUUAAUAUAAAUAAAUACGUUAUGAUUAAUUUAUUAUCAUAACUCUAUUUUUGUAGGGGAAAAAAGUAUUUAAAACUAAAAAUUAUAAAUUUCAUUUCAUCAUUGAAACAAUUACUAUUUGCACCAUCAAAAGUGUGAUUAAACUUAUAUUUUGUAUGCAAAAACAAUUUCACCGUAAGUUAGUUAAUAUAGAUUAAUGCAAUUUUUUUUUUCAUUUUUUUUUUUUAAUUAUGAAAAAAAUAUAAAACAACACCGAGAAAAGUAAGCACUGUAAAUGUAAAUUGUACUUUAUUUGAUGAUAAUAAAACGUGUGAAAUAAUAAAAAA